AUGGAGCGAAGGAUGUUAGAAGCAGCUCGGAAGGGCGAUGUCCAUGAGCUGGAAGACUUGAUCAGCAGCAAUGAGCUCAUCCUCGAGGAGAUGGAUCUUGAAGGAGCCGGUCACACGCCACUGCAUGUCGCUUGUGUGGCUGGCCAUUUGGAUUUCGUUCGAGAGCUCCUGAAGCGUACGCCAAAGCUUGCGGAAAAGGUGAACACGGAUGGUUUCAGCCCGCUGCACAUCGCGGCUGCUCGAGGUGAUGUCAAGAUCGCGAGGGAGCUCUUGACAGUGGGUCCACACCUGUGCUCCGUGAAGGGACGGGAGAGAAGAAUCCCUUUGCAUUAUGCCGCUGCGAACGGGAAGGUCGAUGUCAUGAAGGUAUUGCUCACCGCUUCGCCUGAGUCUGUCGAAGAGACGACCGCUCGAGAGGAGACCAUGCUUCACCUCGCCGUGAAGAACAACCGGUUCGACGUGGUGGUUGUGUUGGUGGACCAUCUGAAGCAGUACAAGAAGAAGCAGGUGAUCAAUUGGAAGGACCACAAAGGCAACACCACCUUGCACCUUGCUGCUGGCAAAAAUUUUGAGGCAAUCCGAGAUCGUAGAGGUGAACGCCGUGAACACGACAGUGGAUCGACACCUCUAGACGUCUCAACUCCCUCGCAAAGGGAAGCAGGAGAUAGAGAGAUCAGAGAACUCCUCGUUCGAGCGGGAGCCAAACACGGGAGAGGAAGAUCAAACUCGCCCGCAUCAAGCCCAGUCCCAGACGACAACGAUUUCGAUGGAGCUAACAGUCAUCAAGCAGCUGGGGAGGAACCAGUCAAAGAUGCUCCACAGUCAUCACCACGUUCGCAAUUGAAGAAUUCAAAUGAAGAAAAGGAGUCGUUUGGUGACAUCCGCAACGCCCUGUUGGUCGUCGCCGCCCUCAUCGCAAGUGCAACCUACCAAUCCGUGCUUCAGCCUCCAAAGAUAAUAGAAGUUGCCAACAACAGUUCAAACAAUCCUAAUUCCAUCGACAGAUCAAACAAUCCUAAUUCCAUAACAGAAGUCGCCCACAACAGAUCAAACAAUCCUAAUCCCAACAACUCAAUGACUGAAGAUCCUUCCCAGAAAUCCAUGACUGAAUAUUAUGGUGCGGGCUUGGUGUAUGCUCUCUUCCUGGGUGGCAACACAUUAGGAUUCGUGGUGUCAGUCCAGAUGAUCAUUUGCCUCACUAAAGAUAUCCAGGGCCGUGACGGCAUCAGGCUCCUACCGCUUAAGCUGCCGCUCAGGCUAUCCCUAGUUGCAAUGGUUCUGACUUACUUUUGCUUCACAUUAUCCCUGCUGUUCUCGAAGAUGGGUGGAAAAAGUCCAUCCAAGAAAGCUCUACGCCUAUUGCCGCUCAUGAUAUCAUUCGUUCUUUUGCUGAUGCAGCAGUGGCUGGCAAUCGCUACAGAUUUUUUCUUGGAAUGGCUUGUUGGAUUGCCCCUCCUAGGUGAUAUUUACAAGCUAGAUAUGUACAGGCUAGAUGAGGGAUCAAAGAAUAAGGACUUAGAGAAUAAGGACAAAAGUUGUGGUUGUAAAUGA